ACGUUAGUAGCGCGUGUUCUCGUCUUCUCGACCUCGGCACCGCCGCAUCCGUGUCCGCCCCAUGCCCCCUCCGGCCCUCCCCUGGUUACGUCUCCCGCCGUCCCGCCUCGCCCUCCUCUCUGAUCCCACCCCAUCUCUGAGGAGGUCGAAUCCGGGGGUCCUCUCUCGCAGUCCAACGAAACCCUCAGAGGCACGGGUCGGUUCGCCGACAUGCUGUCUGGCGUGAAGCUGGUUCCUCGAGAGCAGAUCCAGUCUGAUCAGAGGCGUAGAGGUGACCGGGGCUCCGAUUCCGACUCCUCCGACGGCAAGAGGCCGUCGAAGCACAGUAAAAGAGGGCGGGACAAGAAGGAGAAGAAGAAGAGAAAAAGUAGCCGGCGGCAGCGGAGGCGGAGCAAGAGGUACUCGUCGGAAGAGUCUUCGGCGUCAGACACCGACGAUUCAAUCGGGGAGGAAGAGGAGGAGGAUGUCAGUCGGAGUAAGCGUCGGGGGAAGGACAGGAGGCGGCGGCGCAACUUCUCUGACGACGAUGAAUCCGAAUCCAGUGAAUCUGAUAGGGGAAGAGCCCCUCGCAGGGGGAAGCAGAGACGCAAUGACGAGGAUGAGGAGGAAGAUACUGAAGGUGAGGGGCUAAGGGCAAGUGAGGUGGUCAGGAGGGAGAUGGGACUUGAAUGGAUGCUCAAGCCAGCAAGCAGCAGCCGAGCUGAGGGCAGCACUGUUGGUAAGGCUGAUAAUAUCGAGAAGGAUGAAACUGCGAAUGAAGAGAUUAUGAGACCAAACCCAAAGGAACUUAACCCAUACCUUAAAGAUAAUGGAACUGGAUACCCAGAAGAAUCAACCCCAUCAAAUGCAGGCAGUCAGUUGCUUGCAUCCUCUGUUGUGGGUGAUGGAGGUGCCAGCUGGAGACUUAAAGCUUUGAAGCGUGCGAAGGAACAAGCUGCUCGUGAAGGAAGAAAACUUGAGGAGGUUGUUGAAGAGAGAUGGGGAUCGUUAGGCGACUUAGCUGUUUCAGUAUCAGCAUCAAGAGCUGCCCAUUCACAUGCUCAUUUGCAUGCCAUUAGAGGCAGAAAAUCUGGGAAUGCUGACAACUCAGAAGAACGUGUCAAAGGAAAUCCAGAGGGUCAGCUGGAUGGUAGCAGUGGCAGGCGUGAAUAUUUACGGGAUGUUUCUUCUCAGCAUCAUGCUAUGAGAAAACCCAAACCUGAUUCUGUCCCAUGGAAAAAGAGAAGACAGAAUAUAUCCUCUGAGGAUCAGGCACUUAUCUCUUCAGCGGUAGCAAGCUUAAAUAAGUUUUCUGAUGAUGGAAGCUUUAUGGAAAAGAUUAACAAUCUUGAGAGCAAGAACACAAAUGUUUCCACUGCUAGUGCUAGUGCUGAUGAGCAGAGGGACAAUGAGCAGAAAUCCCUUAAGGAGAGUUCAAACAAAGUACCAUUAGUGAGCGCUCAGAAAUUAAAUGCAAACCAGAUGGCUGCAAAGAUUCUGCAGCUCCGAAUGAAAGGCAAGCAUCAAGAAGCUGAACAACUUUCGAGAGAAAUGGAAGCUUUGCUGGAGAACCAGGAUACUGCCCAUGAGAAGCCUGGUCAUGGGAAAGAAAGAAGCUCAAUCAGCCAUACAUUGAAGCCUAGUGCAGCUGAUCGCAGGAGAAGAGAAGAGGAUGCUGACUUGCAUUUGGCUAAUAAAAUUAUGCACAACAAGCAGUAUAACAUGUCUAAAAGUAUAGAAGAUGAAUAUUAUUUUGGUGAUGCUCCCUCUAAAAAGGACAAAAGAAGGAAUAAAGAAGCACAUGACGAGAGGAGAAACACUAGUAGACUUAUGUUGACUCAGAAGGAGCGCUGUUUGUAUUGCUUUGAGAACCCAUCCAGGCCAAAGCAUCUGGUUGUUGCUAUUGGAAACUUCAGUUACUUGAUGCUGCCGCAGUUUGAGCCAGUUGUCCCUGGGCAUUGCAUUAUUCUCCCAUUACAGCAUGAAUCUGGAACGAGAACAGUUGACCAGAACGUUUGGGGGGAGAUACGCAACUUCAAGAAGUGCCUGCUGAAGAUGUUUGCGCAGCAGGACAAGGAUGUGGUGUUUAUGGAGACUGUCAUAAGCCUGGCCAGACAACGGAGACACUGCAUGAUUGAGUGCAUCCCUGUCCCUUCUGAAGUGUCAAGCAAUGCCCCAAUGUACUUCAAAAAGGCUAUCGAUGAAGCUGAAGAAGAAUGGACCCAACAUGAGAUGAAGAAGGUUAUCCCGACAAGUGCAAGCCGCAACCUGAGGCAAGUCAUUCCAGAGAACUUUGCCUACUUCCAUGUGGAGUUCGGGUUGGACCGUGGCUUUGUUCAUGUAAUAGAUGAUGAGAGCAAGUUCAGUGCUGGAUUUGGAUUGAAUGUCAUUAGAGGGAUGCUCCAGUUGCCAGAGGAGGACAUGCACCGUCGUCGAAGGCACGAGUCCAUGGAUAACCAGAGGCAGGCUGUUGCUAGCUUCAUGAAGGACUGGGAGCCCUUUGAUUGGACGAAGCAACUUGAUUGAAUGUGAAUACAGUUUUGAGAACACUUGCUUGCACGACUUGUACUAAAAAGUUUUGUAGGAAACUUGUAUUGAUGUAUAACUGUAUUUGUCUUGUCACCCAACAUUAUGUUUAUCUGUUCUUGCUGUAAAAUGAUAUUGCUCAGUCAAUAGCAUUUAAACUGACAAAAAA